CCGGAAUGAGUUUUCUCCCUGUCUCCACCAGAGAGGCCACACCCUUUUUUCUCUUUAACCAAGAAAUUGAAGCGAAGGAAGCAUGUGACUGGCUCCGCGCGGCUGGGUUUCCGCAAUACGCCCAGUUAUAUGAAGAUUCACAAUUUCCUAUCAACAUUGUGGCUGUCAAGAACGAUCAUGAUUUUCUUGAAAAGGACCUUGUAGAACCUCUUUACAGACGGCUAAAUACAUUGAACAAGUGUGCCUCAAUGAAACUUGAUGUGAACUUCCAAAGGAAAAAGGGUGACGACUCCGAUGAGGAAGAUCUUUGUAUUAGCAACAAAUGGACUUUCCAAAGAACCAGCCGCAGGUGGUCUCGUGUGGACGACCUCCACACACUGUUCCCUGGAGGAGACAGAAAUGGGUCGCCGGCAGGCACUGGGAUGAGGAACACGACCAGCAGUGAGAGUGUCCUCACAGACCUGAGUGAACCUGAGGUCUGCUCCAUUCACAGUGAGAGCAGCGGAGGCAGUGACGGCCGCAGCCAGUCGGGCCAACUCUGCACGGACAGCCCGGUCAUGCUGGAUGCCCCGCCAGCCAGCAGCGGCCUCCCACCAUCCCCCAGAGACGUCCUCCACCACCCUUUCCACCCCAAGAAUGAGAAGCCCACAAGGACCAGGGCCAAAUCAUUUUUGAAACGCAUGGAGACACUCCGAGCGAAAGGCGCACAUGGAAGGAAUAAGGGCUCAGGGCGGACAGGUGGCCUGGUGAUCAGUGGGCCUGUGUUGCAACAGGAGCCAGAGUCCUUCAAGGCCAUGCAGUGCAUCCAAAUACCAAAUGGAGAUCUCCAGAACUUGCCCCCAGCUGCCUGCAAGAAAGGGCUUCCUUGCUCUGGCAAAUCAAGCGGUGAGAGCAGCGCGUCAGAGCACAGCAGCAGCGGGGUGAGCACGCCGUGCCUGAAGGAACGCAAGUGCCAUGAGGCCAGCAAGCGCGGGGGCAUGUACUUGGAGGACCUAGAUGUGCUGGUGGGGCCAGCACUGCGGAAUGCAGGGGACCAAAGCCACAGGCAUGAGUUUCACUCCCAAGAGAACUUGGUGGUGCAUAUUCCCAAGGAUCACAAGCCAGGAACAUUCCCCAAGGCGCUUUCUAUCGAAAGCCUCUCUCCCACAGACAACAGCAAUGGGGUUAACUGGAGGACGGGUAGCAUCUCCCUAGGCAGAGAGCAGGGGCCCGGCGCCAGGGAGCCCACGAUCACGGCAUCCUGCCACAGAGCAAGCCGCGUCAGCAUCUAUGACAACGUCCCGGGCUCCCACCUGUAUGCCAGCACAGGAGAUCUUUUGGAUUUGGAGAAAGACGACCUCAUCCCUCACUUGGACGACAUUCUGCAGCAUGUCAAUGGGCUCCAGGAGGUAGUAGAUGACUGGUCAAAAAACGUCCUGCCCGAACUGCAAACGCACGAUGCCUUGGCUGGGGAACCGGGUUCAUCUCCCUUUCCAUCUCCCAAUCAGAUCACCUUAGAUUUUGAAGGUAACUCUGUCUCAGAAGGUCGGACAACACCCAGCGAUUUCGAAAGAGACGGGACAUCUCUUAAUGAUGCUGAGGCCCCUGGGGUCAGAGAAAGGAGGGAUUCUGGUGUAGGUGCCUCUCUGACCAGGCCGAACAGGCGACUCCGAUGGAACAGUUUCCAGCUCUCACACCAACCCCGGCCGGCCCCCGCGUCGCCCCACAUCAGCAGCCAGACGGCCAGCCAGCUGAACCUGCUCCAGCGCUUCUCGCUGCUUCGCCUCACAGCCGUCAUGGAGAAGUACUCCAUGUCCAACAAGCACGGCUGGACCUGGUCAGUUCCAAAGUUCAUGAAGAGGAUGAAAGUUCCUGAUUACAAAGACAAGGCUGUCUUUGGCGUUCCUCUCAUAGUCCACGUCCAGAGAACGGGACAGCCCCUGCCGCAGAGUAUUCAGCAAGCACUGAGAUAUCUACGUAGCAACUGCCUGGAUCAGGUGGGUCUUUUUCGCAAGUCGGGAGUGAAGUCUCGCAUCCAUGCCCUUCGCCAGAUGAACGAAAACUUCCCUGAGAACGUCAGCUACGAAGAUCAGUCCGCUUACGACGUGGCCGACAUGGUGAAGCAGUUCUUCAGGGACCUCCCUGAGCCUCUGUUCACCAGCAAGCUCAGCGAGACCUUCCUCCACAUCUACCAGUACGUCCCCAAGGAGCAGCGGCUGCAGGCCGUGCAGGCCGCCAUCCUGCUGUUGGCUGACGAGAACCGGGAGGUCCUGCAGACACUCUUGUGCUUCCUGAACGACGUCGUCAACUUGGUGGAAGAGAACCAGAUGACGCCCAUGAACCUGGCCGUGUGUCUGGCCCCCUCCCUUUUUCAUCUUAAUUUAUUGAAGAAAGAAAGCUCUCCAAGAGUCAUACAGAAGAAAUACGCCACGGGAAAGCCAGAUCAAAAGGACCUCAAUGAGAAUCUGGCCGCGGCUCAGGGGCUGGCGCACAUGAUCAUGGAAUGCGACAGACUUUUUGAGGUCCCACAUGAGAUGGCGGCCCAGUCCCGUAACUCAUACAUGGAAGCCGAGAUCCAUGUGCCAACUCUGGAAGACCUGGGGCCACAGCUGGAGGAGAGCGGGGCGACUUUCCACACGUACCUGGAGCAUCUCAUCCAGGGCCUCCAGAAGGAAGCCAAGGAGAAGUUCAAAGGAUGGGUCGUGUGCUCCAGCAUGGACAAUACAGACCUCGCUUUCAAAAAGGUGGGUGAUGGGAACCCUCUGAAGCUGUGGAAGGCGUCUGUGGAAGUGGAAGCUCCCCCCUCGGUGGUCUUGAACCGCGUGCUGAGAGAGCGUCACCUGUGGGACGAGGACUUUGUGCAGUGGAAGGUCGUGGAAACCCUGGACAGACAAACAGAAAUCUACCAGUACGUGUUGAACAGCAUGGCCCCCCACCCUUCUAGAGACUUCGUGGUUCUCAGGACCUGGAGGACUGAUUUGCCCAAAGGAAUGUGCACCCUGGUGUCGCUCUCCGUGGAGCACGAGGAAGCCCCGCUCCUGGGUGGCGUGCGUGCCGUGGUGAUGGAUUCCCAGUACUUGAUAGAGCCAUGUGGCUCUGGCAAGUCAAGACUGACCCACAUCUGCAGGACAGACCUGAAAGGCCGCUCCCCCGAAUGGUACAGCAAAGGCUUUGGACAUCUGUGUGCAGCGGAAGUUGCCAGGAUUAGAAACUCUUUCCAACCCCUCAUUGCUGAGGGUCCAGAAACUAAAAUCUGAGUUUUCCGCAGUGUGACCUCAAACUCAGGGAAGAGGAAGCUACAGCGAAUGCUCGUGGCAGAGAGUGUGCGCGAGAGGACAAGACGAAGAGGAACUGACGGACGUGGUUAAUGCUUAAAAAUGGAAACACUGAGAAGUCAGGAUGUUGAAGACGCGAGAAUUUCUGAGAACUUUCCUAGCCUUCCUGGAGAUGGCUAUAUCCCUACUAAUAUAUUUUUUAAAAUCUGAACAUUUAUCUAUAUUACUUAAAAUUAAAUGGAUUAUUCCUUGUGCAUUGCCUAAUUUACUAUUUAAAGGCUUCUAAGAAGCACAUUCUUAACUGUAAAUAAAUGUAUGUAUAGCAUAUGUACAUAUGUGUGCAUAUCUCCAUCUUUACUGUAUAUAUGUAAAAUACCGAUUUUAUAUAGAAUUGAGUGUUUUGAAAA